CUUCAACUACAAGUUCACAACUGCUGCUCCCUCUAUUCUGUCUUGCGGCGCCAGGCAUGUGAUGUUGCUGAGAUUCUGGAUCCGGCUUGUAUAGGACUACGUGAUUCUGCCUCCAUUCUCCAACCAAGAUGCCCGCACUGGCGUUUGGCUUGAAUACAGCCAAGCCUCAAGCAGGUGCGUCAAAACCACCGCAGAAGCGCAAAGCGUUCUUCGAUGAAGACGAUGAUCCUGCGGAAACCGAUGAUACAGCGCCGCCGCAGUACGGCGCAAAGAAAUCUUCGAAACCGUUACGACCAUUAAGCGGAUUUUCACAAGACGAUGGAGACGACGAGCCUCCGCGGAAAUCGCCCAAACUAACCCAGCCUGGCCUGCAAAGUGCCAAUGGUAAAGGAGCGGGAGUGGAGAAAUACACGAACUUGUCGGCGCUCCGUAAUGCGAAAUUGCAGGACGAGAAAGUGUCAGAAGUCGACCCGUCAGUAUACGACUACGACGCAGCUUAUGAAACAUUCCAUGCCCCAAAAGAGAAGAAGGGGUCGAAUGCAACGCAGGAGAGUGGUCCGAAAUAUAUGGGAGCACUCCUCCAGAGCGCUGAGGUUCGAAAGCGGGAUCAGCUACGGGCACGGGAAAAGCUCCUGCAGCGUGAGAGAGAGGCAGAAGGAGAUGAGUUCGCCGACAAAGAGAAGUUCGUGACAGGGGCGUACAAGAAACAACAAGAAGAGAUCAAGCGUCUGGAAGAGGAAGAGAAGAAACGAGAGGAGGCAGAAGAGGAACGUCGCCGCAAAGGUGGCGGGAUGACAGAGUUCCACAAGAAGAUGCUCGAGAAGGAUGAAGAGCGGAUGCGGCAGAUCCAAGAGGCCGAAGAAGAGGCGGCCCGCCGAAAAGCAAGCGGUGUCCAAAUUGAGGAACCGACAGAGGAGGAAAAGACUGAAGCAAAGAUUGCCGAGGAGUUGAACCAAAAGGGGGCUAAGAUUGUGGUCAACGAUGAAGGCGAAAUUGUGGACAAGAGGCAACUUCUGUCGGCGGGAUUGAACGUGGCGCCGGCUCCGAAGAAGCCUGCAAAGGAGCAAUCUUCGCCAGCGAGAGGUGAAUCCAGCCGCCCACAAGAUCAGUGGAAACCGUCCAGGGUGCAAGAUGCCCGGCACAGUCAACGUGAAAGACAAACUCGAAUGGUGGAGCGCCAGAUUGAGGAAAUGGCUGCCAAACAGCGAGAGGCUGAACUGGCAGAACAGAGAGCCUUGCAAGAAAAGACCAAGAGCAGGCUCACCGAAGUCGACAAGAUGAGCGCGCGAGAAAGAUACCUGCAGCGGAAGAGAGAACGAGAAGAGGAGGCGAAGAAGAAAAAGGAGGCCGGCGGGUGAAAUUGUGGAAAUGGAAUUACCCCAAAGUCAGAUGCAAGUGGGUCUGCUACGCUCACUGUAUGAACAUUCCUCCGUCGACGCCCACUACUUUGUUGUGCACGUAUCCAGUCUUGACCAUCCAUACAACGGUUUCGGCAAUCUCUUCGGGCUUUCCCAGCCUGCCUAUUGGGAUUUCUGUGCCACAGAUCAGCAAUUUGCUCUGAAGAAAGGGGAUGCAGGAGUGGGAUUGACAUACUGGAAGCCAACUCUGGACCCGAAGGCAACAUUUUGGUGUCCUCGAUCAAAGCCGGCGCAACACCAUUGACAGUAAUUCCCCUUUUUCCAUAUGCUCCAGCCAGCCAGUGGAUCAGGCCGUGCAUGGCCGAUUUCGAUGAUCUGUUACCAAGUUCUCAGUAAUCGUCAACUGAUCCUCGUCGGGGAGCAAGGAGACUAGAUAGGCUGCCUGGCCAGCCAUAUCGAAACCACAGCGAAGGCGCAAUUAAGAAGAAAAGCAGGCAGCGAAGUGCAACGCCAGCUAGAUGCAAUACCAAGGAUCAUGAUCGGGAAAACACUCACGCAUAAUGCGGCCCAACCACGCCGCCAGUGAAUCCAGCAACACUGGAGCAGAAUAUGACGCGACCCCACCCCUUCUCCAGCAUGGCCGGAAUGCAUAACUGAGUGAGCAGAAAAGCCGUCCCGCAGUUCGCCCGCCAGGUGGCCUCGAAGUCUUCGACGGUGACUUCAGUGACGUCCUUGAUCCCACUCUUACCCAGUGUGGUACCGGCAUUAUUGAACAAGAUGGUAGGAUGGCCCAUUUCGCGAACGACGGCUGCAUGCAGCUCGCGUGUGUCGUCAUAUGAACUCAGAUCGGCGCGGAACGCUACGGCCCGCACACCCAGGGACUGCAGCGUCGAGACGAGAGUCGAGGCUGUCUCAUCUGCGCUGUGAUAGUGCACUGCUAUGGAGCAGCCGAGGCGUGCCAGAGCCAGCGAUGUCGCGUGGCCGAUGCCACCUGUCGCGCCGGUGAUGAGGGCAAGGUGGUCCGAGAGGUCGGUGACGAGAGCCAUGAUGACUCUAACGGUUACAAGGCUGUUACUGUAGGUUGCCUGCUGCCGGGGUGUCAGCAGGGACUGAGUGUGUCGGGAUACUGGUCGUCUGUAGGGCUGUACUGGUUUUGAGCUGCGUGGAAACCGUGGCCAACGACGAUUUCGCCAAGAUCUGUAUCUUGGGAUGGUGUAAUCCGGAAUCUGUCCAGCAAUGGAUACUCAAAUCGUCUGUCCCGUAUGUAAUUUCUGAUAUUUUCUUCUCCGCCUUCCCGAUACACCGUUCAGUUCAAAUCGGGAUGCGGAAGUGGGAAGCACCCGGGGGACUGACUAUGGCAGACUCCGGGCGGUAGAAAAAAAGUUAAGGCGAGCACCUUAUUUUAGGGCAGUAGAGUGGUAAAAAUCUGCCUAUAUGUACACUGGCGGUAAACUCUUUCCGA